AUAGCGAAUAAUAAUAUUGUGCAUUUUAUGCAGAAUCAUUUUGAAGUUUUGAACAAAUAGAUAUUGUGAAUUUGAACAAUCGUCAUAAUAAUAUUAUUAUUUUUACAAUGUGCUAGUAAAAUAGUUGCGAUUUUUAGACCAGUAUUGAACGUUUUUGGAAUUGUAAGACCAAAGAGUGUUUUAUUUUUUGGAGAAACAAUUCUGUGCAACUAUAACAUGAGUACAACGUUGCAAGAAGAUGAGUUUCCCGUAUGGGCAUUGGUACCAAAAAAAGAAACUGGAAUCACAAACUUCCUGGCCAAAAAUCCGUUAUACGAUGGCCGUAAUGUGACAAUAGCUAUAUUCGAUUCUGGUGUCGAUCCUGGAGCUCCUGGUCUUAAAGUGACAAGUGAAGGAAAACCAAAAGUUAUUGCUAGAUACGACUGCAGUGGUGCUGGUGAUGUUGAUACCUCAACCGUAGUGACACCCGAAGGAAAUAAAAUAAAAGGAUUAAGCGGACGUACACUUGUUAUACCAAGUACUUGGAAAAAUCCUACUGAGAAGUAUCACAUAGGUAUAAAAAAUGCAUUUGAGUUAUACACCAAGAAUGUCCAAAAGCGAAUUGAAGAAGAAAAGAAAGAAAAGCAAUGGGACCCACUUCAUAAGCCAUUAUUAUCAAAAGCAAUCAUGGAACAACAAAAUUUCAAUAAUGAAUUUGAUCCUUCUAAAGUCACACUGACGAGAAACCAGAAAUUAAAAAAGGAUGACCUAGACAGCACUGUUGAAGCUUUACAAAAUUUAGAAAAAAAGUAUAAAUUUAUCACCCCAGUUUAUGAUUGCAUUGUUUUCCAUGACGGAGUACAGUGGCUUGCAUGCUUGGAUACUUCUGAAAUGGGAGAUUUGGCUUCAUGUAAACUUAUGGGAGAAUUUAGCGAAGAUCCAGUUAAUAAUUUUGAUUACAUUACUGCCGCCGAUCGAAUGAGUUAUUCAUUUAAUGUGCAUAAUGAUGGAGAUGUAUUGGAAAUCGUAUCUCUUGGGUCAUCUCAUGGAACACAUGUAUCUGCUAUUGCUGCUGGGUAUUUUCCUGAUGAACCAGACAGAAAUGGAGUGGCUCCUGGCGCCCAAAUUAUAUCCUUAACUAUAGGCGAUAGUCGUUUAGAGACAAUGGAAACAGGAACUGCAGUUGUAAGAGCGAUGAUUAAAGUUAUGGAACUUAGAAAAAAGUUCAACAUUGACGUUAUAAAUAUGAGUUAUGGGGAACACUCAAAUUGGUCUCAUGCUGGGAGAGUUGGCGAUAUUAUGAAUGAUGUAAUUGACAAGUAUGCUGUUACUUGGGUUGCAUCUGCUGGCAAUCAUGGACCAGCUUUAUGCACUAUUGGGGCUCCUCCAGAUAUUUCAAAAACGACAAUCAUAGGAGUUGGAGCAUAUGUAUCACCAGAUAUGAUGACAACAGAAUACUCUAUGCUACAAAAACUCCCAGGAAAUACUUAUACAUGGUCCUCAAGAGGACCAACAAUUGAUGGAGGUAGAGGAAUAAGUGUAUGUGCCCCAGGUGGGGCAAUAACUUCUGUACCUGGAUACCUGUUAAGAGGAUCACAGUUAAUGAAUGGCACAAGCAUGUCUGCACCUCAUGUAGCUGGAGCAACUGCUGUAUUAAUAUCUGGACUCAAAGGAAAAGCUAUAGAUACCUGUCCUUAUUUGAUUAAACGAGCAAUGGAAAAUACUGCAUCGUAUAAUGAUAAGAUUGAUCACUUUUCACAAGGACAUGGCUUAUUACAAGUUGAUAAAGCAUUUGAUUAUUUAACUCAAUACUACACUGAACAAGAAUCAUAUGUCAAGUUUAUGGUAUCUUGUAGUAUCCAAGGCCAUAGUGUUAAUGGGAAUAAAGGAAUCCAUAUCAGAAAUGCAAUUGAAAACAAAGUGGUUGACUGUGUCAUAAUUGUGGAACCAGUAUUUUUAAAUAAUGUAGAUGUCGAUGCAGAUAGAAAAAUUAAUUUCCAAAUGAGCUUGUGCUUGACGAGUGACGUUUCGUGGGUACUUGUACCCAAAUAUUUGGAACUGAUGUACAUGGCACGCAAUUUUAACAUAAAAGUCGAUCCGAGUGGAUUGUCUCCAGGCGUGCACACGACUACGUAAGUCAUGAGACUAUUACAAAAUAAAAAUUUAUUACACAAUCAUUAGUGGCGUCAUUAGAAGUAAGGACACUGGCCUUUGGAUUUGGUAUUGUUGCCCUGUUAAAUUUUUAAAGGCUCCU